AAAGGAGGAGGCCACUCACUUAGCCUGUUUUAGCUAAACACACAGCUAGCUAGCCGGUGGCUAACGAGUGGGCUACGGCAUCUGUUUGCCUUCAUGUCGCCCCUUAUCAAGUCAUGGCCCGAGACCAAUGUUCACAAAUCGAAGCGGAGCUGUAUUACCUCAUUGCCAGAUUUCUGCAGUCCGGACCAUGUCAAAAAUCAGCACAGAUUCUGGUCGAGGAGCUGGAGGAGUAUGAGUUGAUUCCAGAGCGAUGGAGUUGGGACGGGAAGAAAUACAAACGCAACUUUGAAGACUGGGUGGUUCUGAAUCAACACAUUCCCGAUGAUUAUUUGCUCCAGAUCUGCAAACGGAUUGGCCCUCUUAUAGAGAAAGAAAUCCCACCUAGUGUGCCAGGUGUCCAAACUCUCCUUGGCCUUGGAAAACAAUCCUUGCUCCGCACCACCAAAAGUUGUAGCCACAAAGUUUGUAGUGGUUCUGCAAUUGCCGCUCUUCAUCGAGGCAGGCCUCCUGAACCUCCUGUUGUCAAUGGAACUGCUCCUAAUGUUGUGUCUAUUGUGGGGGCUCGUCAGGCCACCGGAGUUGCUCGAUUUGGUCAGGCCUUCCCAUCUUCAUCAUAUCAACACAUGAAGAUUCACAAGCGCAUUCUGGGACAUCUCUCGUCUGUCUACUGUAUAGCCUUUGAUCGCACUGGUCAUCGGAUAUUCACUGGUUCAGAUGACUGCCUUGUGAAAAUCUGGGCCACUGAGGAUGGCCGUCUAUUGGCAACACUUCGAGGCCACUCUGCAGAGAUCUGUGAUAUGACUGUCAACUAUGAGAAUACUCUGUUGGCCUCAGCCAGCUGUGAUAAGGUCAUAAGAGUGUGGUGCCUCCGGACAUGUGCACCCAUAUCUAUUCUACAGGCUCACCAGGCCUCUAUUACCGCUAUACAAUUCUGCCCUGCCGUUAAAGGACCAAUGAGGUACCUUGCAUCUACAGGUGCAGAUGGCAUGGUGUGUUUUUGGAAGUGGCACUCGGAGACCCUAAAAUUCAAUGAUCAGCCGACCAAAUUUGAACGUUCCCGACCCGGUGUGCAGGUGUCCACAUCUUCUUUCAGUGGUGGCGGUAUGUUUAUGGCGACUGGUGGCACUGAUCAUAUGGUCAGGAUCUACUAUCUUGGGGCUGAGACUCCCACAAAAGUGUCUGAGAUUGAUGGUCAUACAGACAAAGUUGUUGUAGUGCAAUUCAGCAAUAACAGUGAUGGCCUCAGAUUUGUAAGUGGCAGUCGUGAUGGCACAGCCAGAAUAUGGCAUUAUCAGCAACAGGAGUGGAAGACCAUUAUUUUAGACAUGACUUCUAAGCUUCCGGGGAGUAGCGCAUCUAACGGAGAGGAAAAGGUAAAACUUGUUGUGACAAUGGUGGCUUGGGACCGGGCAGAUCGUACAGUCAUCACAGCUGUGUCAAACUACAUGCUCAAAGUGUGGAACGCAACUACUGGGCAAUUGCUGCACAAUCUAUGUGGUCAUGAUGAUGAAGUGUUUGUUUUGGAAUCCCACCCCACUGAUUCCCGCAUAUUACUCUCUGCUGGUCAUGAUGGGAACAUUUAGUGGGACCUUACAAAGGGAGUCAAGAUCCGCAACUUCUUCAACAUGAUUGAAGGACAAGGACAUGGUGCUAUUUAUGACUGCAAGUUCUCUGCUGAUGGACAGCAUUUUGCCGGCACUGACUCACAUGGUCAUUUGCUCAUCUUUGGCUUUGGCUGCAGUAGACCCUAUGAAAAGAUUCCAGACCAGAUGUUCUUCCAUACAGACUACAGACCACUUAUCCGGGAUUCUAAUAACUAUGUCCUGGAUGAGCACCAGCAGGCCCCACACCUCAUGCCUCCACCUUUCUUAGUUGAUGUUGAUGGAACCCAUCCCCCUCAGUACCAGCGCCUUGUACCAGGAAGGGAAAACUGCAAGGAGGAUCAGCUCAUACCUCAAAUUGGUUACAUUGCUAAUGGUGAUGGGGAGUUAGUUGAACAGGUCAUUGGCAACAAACAGAAAAUGAGAGAAAGCAUAUUGGACAGUCUUAUACGGCAACUACAAAAUGAACAAGAUGAGCGUCAAAAUGGUCAGCCCGCAGCAGAAGAGGACCACGGGGGAGUUCAGCAGAAGGUGAGGAUCCAGCACCCAGCUGUAGAGCCACGCAGAAGUGGUCAGGUUGAUGGGGUGUGGCAAAUGCAGCACAAUAAUCUACGCAGCCAAGUGGCCACCGAAAGGGACCUGCUGGCCUGGAGUCGCAGAGUGGUAGUCAAUGAAGUGCCACAAGCAAUGUAUAGAAUUUUAGAGGAGUGUAGACAAGCCAAAGGUGACAUGGAGUGUGUCCUGUACAAUGCUGAGCGACGAAAAAAGCCUUUGCCAUUCCAGUCCCAGACUGAGCCCCUGGGAUCUCAGCGCUCUCUCCGGCCAGCAAAGAAGCAGAAGCAAAAACAUGCAUAUCAGACGCGCUCUGCACAAGUGCGUCGCGUGGGGAGCAGACGAAGGUCUGGUGCGCGUCGUAAUUCUGACAGCCAACUUGAAUCAGAGAGCGAUGGAGAGGCGGCUGAACAAGGAGAGGCUAGUGCAUCUUCUGAUGAAGAUCAAUGGCAAAGUGAAAGCAGCUCAAGUGACUCGUCCAGUGAAUAUUCAGACUGGACUGCUGAUGCUGGGAUCAACCUCCAGCCGCCAAAACGUUCAUCCAGGAGGCCUGCGCCUCCUGCUGGUUACAGCAGCUCUGACGAUGAAGGAGGCGAGGAUAAAAACACUGAGCCGAAAAAGGACAGUGAAGACCAGAAAAAACCCAAACAAACCAAACAGAAACAAACAUCAUCUCUUGGUGGUCGAAACGCAGAGGAGUGGCUUCCACCAUCUUGGAUAAUGGAAACCAUUCCACGGCGGUCUCCCUUUGUCCCACAGAUGGGUGAUGAGCUCAUUUACUUCAAACAGGGCCAUCAGGCCUAUGUGAGGGCCGUCCGCAAGGCUAAGGCCUACAGCAUUAACCCUCAGAAACAGCCGUGGAACAGACUUAACCUCAGGGACCAGGAAUCUGUAAAGGUAGUAGGAAUUAAAUAUGAAGUUGGACCUCCCACUCUUUGCUGCCUAAAACUGGCCUUCUUGGAUCCGGUCUCAGGGAAAAUGACAAAUGACUCUUUCUCUUUAAAGUACCAUGACAUGCCAGAUGUGAUUGAUUUUCUGGUCCUUCAACAAUUUUACAAUGAGGCUCGAGAGCAUAACUGGCAGCCCGGUAUGAGGUUCCGCAGCAUUAUUGAUGAUGCUUGGUGGUUUGGGACAAUUGAAGACCAGGAGCCUCUGCAGUUGGAGUACCCAGACAGUCUCUUUCAGUGCUUUGCAGUGAAAUGGGACAAUGGUGAGUGCGAGAAGAUGAGUCCAUGGGACAUGGAGCCAAUACCUGAGGAAGCUGCACUCCCUGAGCAGGUUGGGGAUGGCACGCCAGUGGCUGAAGAAGAGUUGACUGCUCUGCUUUACAAACCUCAGGAAGGAGAGUGGGGCUCUCAUACACGAGAUGAAGAAUGUGAACGGGUUUUACAAGGCAUCAUUGACCUCCUGACACUGGAUGUAGCAAAAGCUUUUACAUCGCCUGUAAAUCUGCAAAUCUAUCCUCUGUACUGCACUGUGGUGGCUUACCCAACUGACCUUAGCACCAUCCGCAAAAGACUAGAAAACCGAUUUUAUAGGCGGAUUUCUGCAUUGAUGUGGGAGGUGCGUUACAUUGAACAUAAUGCACGCACUUUCAAUGAACCACAGAGCCCCAUAGUAGCAGCAGCAAAGAUAGUGACUGAUGUGCUCCUGCAUUUCAUUGGAGACCAGAGCUGUGCAGACAUCCUUGAUCUGUAUCGCAAAUUAAAGUUUGAGGUCAGCAGUGGAGAUGAAGCAGAGGUUGAGGUGGACAUAGAUUCUGAUACCCCAGGGACAUCUACAGGACGCCGGAGCAAGCAAAAGACCCGUGGUGUGGCACUAGACUCCAAAGCCUGGAGAGCACAGUGUAGAGAGUUGCUUCGCCGAAUGGUGGUUUCUCCUGAUUCAGAACCUUUCAGGCAACCUGUGGAUCUAUUUGAGUACCCAGACUAUCGGGACAUAAUCGACACUCCUAUGGAUCUGGGUACUGUGUCUGAGACACUGCUGGCAGGAAAUUAUGAAAACCCAAUAGAAUUUGCUAAAGACAUUCGCCUCAUUUUCAGCAACUCAAGAGCAUACACACCAAACAAGAAAUCAAAGAUUUACACCAUGACUCUCAGCUUAUCGGCCUUCUUUGAAACAAAUAUCAUCUCCAUCAUCUCGGAUUACAAGUCAGCAAUUCAGAACGAACGCAGAACUCGUCAAAGGCAGAGUUACAGAGACCGACUGCAAAAUGGAGAAGGCUCCCCCACUCUCAGCCCCUCUCCAAGUCCUAAAGGGAAGCACAAAUCAAGUAAGGGGUCCAUGCCAAAAAAAUCCCAGUCCUCAAUAAAAAAGUCUGGAAUAAGAUCACAUCAAGCUCAUCACAGUAGGAGUGUAGCAGAAGUGGACAUUGAACCGUCUUCCCCAAUUCAGGGACAAGUAGCAACAGCAGAAGCCAAGACUCUCGAACAACUCGCAGCAAAGCCUCACAUAGAUCAGGGCACCAGCACAGAAGGACAGGCGAGCAGCAGGUUUCAACAAUCAGACAAUGAAGCCUCGGGUUCCAAUAGUUCCUCUUCAGACUCCUCAUCUUCAUCAUCUUCAACAUCCUCUUCAUCGUCGGACAGCUCAGACUCAGAGAUGGAGCCAUUUGUGGAAGGAGGCGAUCAUGACUAUAGCAAGGCCUCCUGCCUGGUCAGCACGGCCCUCUGGCAAAGGCAAAGAGGUUCUCUCAGGGAAACGAAGACACAAAGAGGAAGAGGAAUCAAGUCAGAAGGCCCAAAACGAGCCAGAGUUCAACUUCAGGUGGAGGCGGAAGAGGAUGAUGAAGAGGAAGAAGAGGAGGAGGAGGAGGAGGAGGAGGAGGAAGUAUUGCUGCAGCCUAUAACUAUAAGUCACCCUGACGACGAGGAAGAGGAGCCAGAAGAGGAAGAGGAGGAACUAGAGGAAGAGAACGAAGAAGAUGAGGAUGAAGAGGACGACGUCAGCUCUGAGCCACAAGCAGCAGCCAACAGCAAGGGUCAACCAGCUCAAGUCUCAAAGGGUAGCACGCGAAACCAGGGCCGCAGGACAGUGAUGUACAGAGACGGAGACUCAGAGGACGAGGCUUCCAAACAGGACCCUCUGAACCUGGGCAUGUCCCGCUGACGGGUGCGCCGUAUGAAUGAGAAGGCCCGCGUCAGCCACCUCAUGGGCUGGGGUGGGCAUUGAGGAACUCUUUAAGAAAUCUGUUGAAAUAAAGAAUACUUCAGGGAUUUUUUGCAUUGUACACGUGUAUAUAUUAAAUAAAUAUAGAGAGAGACAUGUUUUUAUCUGAGACUACUAACGACUGGUUGCUCAUAUCUGUUGCCAAGGAUUUUUCCCUUGUCGACUAGACUUGCUGUUCAGCUCACCUCUGCCUUAUUGAUCAGGAGAGGAGUGCCACUUCUUCCACUUUGUCCGUUUCACUUAUGUCCACAACUCUCACUUCUUUGUACUCGUUCUGUGACCUCUUUCUCCUAGUCACCAAAGAUGGAUUCACAAAUGCCAAAAAAUGGUGCUCAUAUUUUAUUUCUCAAGAAUAUCUUUUCCACAAUUUUUAAGAUGCGUACAGCAUUAAGAUUACUGAUGUCAGUUUUUUUUUGUCACAACUUUAGUUUUCAUGACCACAUCAGCCUCCUUUUUGCCCCAUUGCCUUCUCUGUAUGUGACUCUGGUACUAAGUAUGGAUACAAUUUGAAGGAUUGUUGAAUACAAUUUGGUGCAUUUAGGAUUUGUAAGUACAAAACCUUUUUAUUAAUGUAAUUACAGCCAACUUUGUAUUGACACAAUUGUCUUUUACAGGGCUCAACAAUAAUAUGUUUGGAUUGGGUGCUUUUGCUUGGUUUAACUCACAAUAUGGUGUAUGUAUGGUGUUGCAUAUAGGCAGAUUUUAAGUCAGAAGUCAGCAAAUGCUCCCCUGGGCCGCCUUCUUCCACUAUUUAUUUUUAAUUAGUUUUUUUUUUUUACCUUGUAUUAAUAUACAAUUUCAUGGUAAUGCUGGGGAUUAAGAUGGAAAAAACAUUUGCACAUUUCUCCACAUGGCAGCUGAUCUCUUAUAUUUUGUUUAGGAAUGUUUAAGUUGUACUUGUGUGGCGUCUCAGAGUUUAAAAAAUGGAAUCAACAAUGAACCUCCCUCUGCCUGAGUUUGAAGGCAAAAAGCAUUUGACUCAGUCAUGAGGUCUGUCCAGUCAAAACAUCUUUCUUUGAACAGUAGUUUGUACAUUUUGUGCCAACAUCCAUUUUUUAUUUUUGUUUUAACUUCAGAUGGUAACAACAUAUUAUUGCACAGUUGUUUUUACAAUCAGAUUGAUUCAAACUUUCUUGAGUUCACCUGGUUAUGAAAAUAGUCCAUUAAAAUCAGCAUUUGAAUACUGGUGCUCUAACUCCCAAAUGAUGUUGAGAUCAGGAUUUAUUUAAGAUGAAUUAUGUCUUUGGAGUAGAACAAGUUUCAGCUAAAUUAGUUUGUUGACAACAUUUACUGAUCUGUGUUUAUUGUGGUCAAAAUAAGAACCACAAUGAAGAUUUACAUAUUCUGUGUGGCCGUUAGUCUUGCCGCUAAGCAUCACUUUAGUAAUAAUAAUCUCCAAUCAGUGGAAUUACUUAAUGUGACUGUCUUUUAUGUACAAUGUUUUGAUUGUGUGUGCUUUUUAAUAAAUAGA